GUUGACAGUUAGCAUCAUACUGUUGAACUACAUAGUGAGUGUGUGAAUGUGUGUGUGUGUGUCCAGGUGUUAAAAUGUUGCCUUUAUCAAUUAAAGACGAUGAGUACAAACCGACCAAGUUCAACCUGCUGGUCAAACUGUCCGGAUGGUUCCGGUCCAUCCUCGCUGAUAAAACCUCCAGGAAUCUGUUCUUCUUCCUCUGUCUAAACCUAUCUUUCGCUUUCGUGGAGUUGAUGUACGGUAUCUGGAGUAACAGUUUAGGUCUGAUCUCAGACUCCUUCCACAUGUUCUUUGACUGCACCGCCCUGCUGGCAGGUCUCGCAGCCUCCGUCAUCUCCAGGUGGAGAUCCAACGACAGCUUCUCCUACGGGUAUGUCAGAGCAGAGGUUCUGGCGGGCUUCGUCAACGGACUCUUCCUCAUCUUCACGGCUUUCUUCAUCUUCUCAGAAGGAGUCGAGAGAGCUCUGGAGCCUCCCGACGUUCACCAUGAGCGGCUGCUUCCCGUCUCCGUAGCCGGUCUGCUGGUCAACCUGGUCGGGAUCUUUGUGUUCCAGCACGGAGGACACGGACACUCACAUGGAGAGGAAGGUCACGGUCACAGUCACUCUCUGUUUAACGGAAGCCUGAAUCACGGACACAGUCACGGGGGACACGAACACGGACAUGGAGGACACGGACACAGUCAUGGACACGAACACGGACACAGUCACGGUGGACAUGGACACAGUCACGGAGGACAUGCGGAACCACACUGCCACGACGAGCUGCUGCACACGCCGGGAAAAGGCGCCAGCAAACAGAUCCUGCAAGGAGUGCUCCUGCACAUCAUCGCCGACACCCUGGGCAGCAUCGGCGUGAUUAUCUCUGCUCUGCUGAUGCAGAAAUACGACCUGAUGAUUGCAGAUCCCAUCUGCUCCAUGCUGAUCUCCAUCCUCAUCGGAGUCAGUGUGGUGCCACUACUGAAGGAGUCUAUCGGGAUCCUGAUGCAGAGAACUCCACCAUCUCUGGACCAAACCCUGCCAGAGUGCUACCAAAGGGUGCAGCAGCUGCAGGGGGUGUACAACCUGCAGGAGCCUCACUUCUGGACUCUUUGUACUGACGUUUACAUCGGGACGUUGAAGCUACUGGUUGCCCCCGACGCCGACACUCGCUGGAUCCUCAGCCAGACGCACAACAUCUUCACACAGGUACCCGAACGCACCAUCACUGACGGUCUGAAUGCGGUCCAGAAGUUUUCAGCUGUUGUCUCCCCCUUCCAGGUUGGAGUACGACAGCUGUACGUUCAGAUCGACACGGCCGCCAUGUAGAAGCCCCACCUCCAAACCCUGGGACCAAUCACAUUUAGUCUGCUGCUGAAGGUGACCUCUGACCCCACCCCCAACAGUCACUGCAGGACAGAUUCAGAGGGAAGGGGGGUCACAAAGAACUCACGAACUCAAACAGCCCUGCCCUUUUUUUUUGUAAGUGUACCUAUCUGGGCUGCUGGGCAUUUCCCCCCUCCCCCUGCACUUUGUUGAUUGGAGCAAAGCAUUCUGGGUAAGUGCCUUUGUCAGUAUCAGAGACAAUCUGAGCCCCUCCCACCAUCGCUGACAUCACUGCUGGGACUCCUCAGUUUAUGUGAUGCCACUUUUUACUGUGCCAAACCAUGCAACCAAACAAUGGGACCUGUUGGUGGGUUUGUUUGUUUUUUUUUGUUUUUUUUAAAGCUGUAAUAAAUAAUUCGGUCUCUGAGCGAAGUUUUUGAUCCGUGUUGUGAAGGAGCUGCAGGAGGAUCAGAGUCAUACUGGCUGAUUUUUUCUGUUUUAAUAUCAGAACUGUUCCUUGAAUCCAACGUGUUAAACUCGACAUGAAAACAUUAAAGUUGGACCUGAGUUGAA